AGACUGCUAAAUACUCAGGUAAAGCCAGUAACAUCUUUUAAAUGACUAAUAAUGGAAAUUUGUGUUUAAAUUCGUGGCUGUACUGAUUUCCAUGCUGCUGCACAACAAUGUUCUUUAUCUAUGUGUUUUUUUUAUAUAACUGGAUAUUUAAUGAGGCUCUUGUUUAAUCAUGACUUGUGUAGCCUAUAUUUGUUUUUGACACUUUACUUUAGAGUAGGUAGUAUGCAAUUUUGCAGUUUGAAAAUACUGAGCCAAUUAAUUGCUGGCCUUGCAGAGUGAUAUAAAAGUUAUUGUUUAUUCCAAAACUCCUCUAAGAAUGGCUGAGUUUGUCCAUUUCACUAAACAGUACUGUUUAGGUUAUGUUAGGUUAGGUUUAGUGGUUGCAGUCUGUGUUGUGUUUUAUUUCGUCAUGACUAAUCAUGAUAAAAAGAUAAAUGGGGUAGUGUUUUCAGUGAAGUGUUGUAAUCCUUUCAAACAAAAAGGACAUAAUCAGUCAGGUAAGCUGAGAAAUGUAACUAAUUGGAUGUGUUCCUUGGGAUUUGAAGAUGUGGAAGGAAUGAAAAUUUGUGAUAGGUGUAGAAUAAAACUGAACAAGCAGUUUAAAAAAUGUUUAGAAUCAAACUAUGAAAGCAGUAAUGAUUAGGACGUUGUAAUGUCAGAUAGUAGUAGUAAACAUGACAGUAAUUAUAUAGAUACUGAUUCUUCAUUAGAGUUUUAAAAUAAAUCAUUGGAGCUGGUAGGAGAAUCCCCGAUCAAGAAACAGAAACUUAAAAGUCAUUCUUACACUAAACAAAAACUAGAACAAGUCAAAGCAACAUUUGAGAAGACAUUAAUUGGGCCUCAAACAGAAUGUUAUACUGAAAAAUCACAAAAUGAAAAGGAUUAAUCUGAGAUUAUUAGUCAGUUAAAACUAAAGUUUUCUCAACUCACUAGUAGAAGUGAAAAAAUGAUGCUUCUAUCAGUAUUGCCUCAAAGCUGGACUCGAAAAAGAAUUGUAAAUGAGUUUGGAGUUAGCGAUUAUGUGGCUAGAGCCGUGAAGAAACUAGUGAAAGAAAAAGGUUGUCUCUCAAGCCCCAACCCUAAACCAGGGAAAACAUUAAUUCUAGAAACAGUUCAGCUUGUCACCAAUUUUUAUAACAGGGAUGAUAGCAGCAGGAUGAUGCCUGAAAAGAAAGAUGUUGUUGCAGUUUGGAAGGACGGAGACCAAAAAACUCACCUGCAAAAGCGGCUGAUUUUGACAAAUCUUAAUGGAAUGUAUAAUGUGUUUAAAGGUGAAUACCCAACAAAUUGUAUUGGCUUUUCAAAAUUUUGCGAGUUGAGGCCACAAAACUGCAUUUUAGCCGGGAAGAGUGGAACCCAUACAGUUUGUGUGUGCCUUAUUCAUCAAAAUGUCAAGUUGAUGAUGACUGCGUCCAAACUGAACAACUUUGUAUUAGAUGGAGAUGAAGAAACAUUGCAAAAUUACCAGAACUGCUUGUACAAAAUCACGUGUAAUCCUCCAUCACCUGAUUGUUAUUUCAGUAUUUGUAAAGAAUGCCCUGGGACAGAAAAACUGAAAAAUUUUCUGAUCCUUAAGUUUGAAGAUGAAAUGGUUGAUCAAAUAACAUACAAACAAUGGUUGUCUGCAGACAGAUCCACAUUAGAGACACUCAUCAAAGAUAAAGAUGAAUUUAUAGAAGAUUUUAUUGGAGCGUUGUUAAAAUUGAAAACCCACUCAUUCAUUUCUCUUGUGCAGAAGCAGUUUUAUAAUGAAACCAAAUCAAACUUGAAAGAAGGAUAAGUCCUUGUUACGUGUGACUUCGCUGAAAAUUAUUCUUUUGUACUACAGGAUGAAGUGCAGUCUUACCAUUGGACUAACAGCCAAGCAACAAUUCAUCCCUUUGUAGUUUACUACAAAGAUAGUGGUGCAGUAAAACACCUAAAUUAUGUCAUCAUUUCUGAAUGUUUAAUCCACAAUACUGUAGCAUUCAACCUCUUCCAAACAAAUAUGAUAGCUGUGUUAAAAGAAACUAUUUUUGAUUUGAAAAAAAUUAUUUACUUCUCGAAUGGGUCAAUACAAAAACCAAAAUUUUUUUUAAAUCUCUGUCUACAUAAAAAAGAUUUUGGAAUCUAAGCUGAGUGGCAUUUAUUUGCCACAUCACAUUGAGAAAAGUGCUUGCGAUGGUCUUGGAGGCACUGUGAAAAGACUUGCAACUAAAGCUAUUUACAGAGACCAUAUACUUAAUGAACAAAUCAUGACACCACUGCAGCUGUAUGAUUUUGCAAGAAGUAACAUUUCAGGAAUAAAAUUUGAGUACUGCACCAUUGAUGAACAUAAUGAGAACCAAAAAAGAUUGUCAGAAUGUUUUGAGGGCACAAAGACUGUCAAAGGAACACACAAAAUCCAUGCUAUAAUACCUAUAUCUGAAUCACAAAUGGAAUCAAAGCUGUAUUCUUUAAGUACAGAGAAAAAAAUAGAAGCUCCUGUAUCACCAGAAGGCAUGUCCCCAAUGUUGGAAGAUGUAAAAUCUGGUUUUGUUACUGUGAAAUACGAUAACUUUUGGUGGCUUGCAUGUAUAUUGGCAAAAAAUGAGAAUAAUGAAGUUAAAGUCAGUCUUUUACAUCCCAAAGGACCUGCUGCUUCCUUUUUUUUUAUCCAACACCAAGAGCCUAUAUACUAGUCAUUAGAACUGAAGAUCUUCUUAAAAAGGUUGAACCUUGUACAGCAACUGAGAGAACUUAUACACUCACUAAAGAAGAGAUUGUGGAGACAUCACGCCUGCUUGAACGAAGUAUGCCACAACCUAAGUGAAAACUGUAAAUAAUUAAAUAUAUACUAAACAGAUUUUUUUCAUAAGCAAUUAUAUGUUUUGUCAGUUAUAACUUAGGCUACAUCCUUUCAGCAAGAUCAUGUGCUUUGAACUUAGGCUACAUCUGUUCAGCAAGAUCACGUGCUUUGUAUUAUCAUAUUGAUAAAAUGUUUAAUCAAAGAGCACUGUGGGAUGAAUGUAAGGUAAUAGGUGAUACGCAAUAGGAGGGUGGCUUUCCUUCAGCAAUGAGUUUAACAGAUGAACUGUUUUCUGUUUUGGAGUCGAAGGAAACGGACAGCAGAAAAAGCAACAGUGACGCUAGAAGGUCAAAAAGCAGUCCCAGGACACACAGUUAUCUGACCGAGGACACGCAUCGCACUAGCAGCAGCAGCCGCCUUGCGCAGCCGGGAGGAAGUGGUCAAGACCGCAGCAGGCAUGAAGACGCGCGCGGUGCCGGCCGUUACGAUCGGGAUGAUCACGGACACAGAAAGCGCGACGAUGCAGGUGACGGUCUGCCGAUUGAUGGUGGGGCUGUCGGUAGACGCUACGAGCGGAGGAGUGGCAGCCUUUCCAGCCAGAGGGAACCACCCCUCCCCGCCAGAGACGGCCAGUACGUGAAAAGUGACAGGAGUGAAGACCUACGGGGCAGCAAACCUGAUCCCCGGUCGAGCAGAUUCCACGACGAACCCGGCUGGCAGCCCGGCAGGAGUAGCCAGCAUCUUGCCGACGAGCGUAGGAAAAACGGCUACGCAGCUGAAGGUGGACGCGGCAGUACAAAAGACUACUCUGUUUCUGAUGAUGCUCAUAAAUUUGAUGAUAAAAGCAAGAGAGAUUCUUAUGAAGCAGCUAAAGAUUUGCCGAAAAAGAAUACUCUGCCGGAUAAGAAAUACGUUGAAAGAUGUGCAAAGAAUUACAACGAUGGAUCAGAACCUAAUAGAAAUGGUUCAUAUGAGAAUGAUACAAGAAAGUCUGCCAAAAAAUAUUCAAAAGGAAAUGACAAUAAUGAUGAAGUACCAUAUAGAAUUAUUAAUUACAGAAAAUUAGAAGAAAUUGUGAAUGGCAACCCUGUUGAACUGGUGGUUUCUCUAGCCAACAGACACUCGGGCUUUGAAAACAAGCUCAGGGAAAAAUUGUCACCAGACUUUAUCAUGCUUAUAAUGAAAGCAUUGGCUAAGAUUUGCAAAGCAGAAUUCCAUGAGAACAAAGUUGGGAUUUUGUCUCAUGCGUGCGAGGCAGAUUUUCUUAAUCAAGUUGCAGAUUACCUAAUGAAGCUACCAUUUGAAACGGAUGAGAAUCGUCGGUCCAGAAUCGACGAGUUUUUGUUCGACAUCCUUACAUUUUGUAAGACCACAAUGGAUUUGUUGCCCGACAAGGCAUGCGAUAAGCUUCCGAAUAUGCUGGAUACCACGGAGCGUGCAAUGAGGUGUGUUGAAGCGUGUCUAGCGAAAAAGUUUCCUGAUGCUCUUAAUGAAGGUUUUGUGGAUCUCGAUUGUCGUCUGAAAGUGCGAAUUGGUGAAAGAGAAAUGAAGCAUAAGAAAGCUACCUCUGAUAAUGCAGGACAAGAUCAGAAGCCUCCACCUGAUGAUUUUAGAGAAAUUAGCAUAUAUCCUACGCCAAGAGAUAUUUUGAACUCCGAUGCUACGUUUAUCCGGCCAAAUAUCGUAAAGGGUGCGUACAGUAGUGUAGAUCACUAUCUUGAUGUUCAGUUCAGGUUGCUUAGAGAAGACUUUGUUUGUCCUCUGAGGGAAGGUAUAACUGACUACAUGAGUAAAACAUUGGUUGAGGGUAAGCGAAAGAAGCGUAUCAACAACGUAAGAAUAUACCGCAAAGUUAACUUCAUUGCUCCGAAGGUGGUGAAUGAUGUGGUUGGACUAGAAGUUUGUUUUGAUUCCAGUGAUCGUUGCUCAAAAGUUAAUUGGGAACAUAACAAACGGUUUAUGUUUGGUUCUUUACUGUGUUUUACGAACGAUAACUUUGCUAAUAUAUUUUUUGGCACUAUUGUUGAGCGUAAAGUGGAAAGCUUGAAAAAAGGACUAAUAGUAGUAGAACUGAGAGAUGUUGACCACAUUAAUGACAGAACUUUUUAUUCGGAUUUCAUCAUGGCCGAAAGCGAAGUCUACUUCGAGCCGUAUUUCCAUGUCCUGAAAGCCCUGCAGAAGCUUCAGGCCAGAACAUUUCCCAUGAGACAGUACAUUGUAGACGUGGACGUCAGAAGCGCUGCACCAGUUUACAUUCAGAAUCAACCGAAUUUCCAGUACAACAUCGAUGGUCACAACGUUUCAGUUCUCGACGAUCUGACAUGGCCAUCUGCAGAGCAAUUGCACCUCGAUGACUCACAGUACGUUGCUUUCAAGUCAGCCCUCACCAAAGAGUUUGUAGUGAUUCAGGGCCCUCCUGGGACGGGGAAAACGUACAUAGGGCUGAAGAUCACAGAGGUGUUGUUAAAAAACUCGCCCAUUUGGAAUGCAAGUAACAAACCGAUACUGGUAGUGUGUUACACGAAUCAUGCUCUCGAUCAGUUUUUGGAAGGCAUUCUGAAAUAUACCAGUGAAAUUGUUCGUGCCGGAGGGCAGUCAAAAAGUGAAACUUUGACACAGUUCAACUUGAGGGAGCGUCGCAGGAAAAACGUACGCAGUGCGGAUGUGUCGCUGUUGAUGCGAGACAUCCACAGCAACGUGUCCCACAAGAUGGCUGACAUAAAGCUCAUUCAACUGGACUUGGAGUCCAUCAACAGUGGAAAAGGAAUCAUUUCAUUGCACACUUUAAAAGCAGGAGGCAUUUCCAGUGGUCACCUUUCAUGUUUUUUCACUAAUGAUGGUAAAAUUGACGAUGAUGUAUUUAUCGAGUGGCUGGAGAUUGGAAUGCAGUAUUGUGACGAGCCCGAGUUUCACAAUGCAGAGCGGUCGGAAGGUGGGAGUGCAGAAAGGGUGGACACUGAUGCCCCAGAGCUCGAAGGGGAUCCCAAUGAAGGCGUCUGGCAGAAUGCCUUGUACAAUCCCAUAGACUUCGCCCUCGACGAUUUGAACAUCACCACUCACGUCAAGUUUGCCUUUCUUUUCGACACGCUCAGGGGCGACAUUGCAAAGUUGCACCAGAAACGGGCCACGUUGGAAAAUUUGCCGGACCCGGCGGUCAGGAAGGCAUGUUUCCAGCUUGAUCGCGAGAUCCGGGAGUACCACAAGUGCCUGAAUUAUUGGCAGAACUGCGUGCAGAGCAGUGGUCGCUGUGACAGGGAAGCGGCCGAGAGCUUGCUCCGCGGCGCGAACUUGUGGCAGCUGUCGCCCAAUGAACGCUGGACCAUCUACAGCUACUGGGUCAGUAACCUGAAGAGACGGAUGCUUGGUGAUUUAAGGGUCCUGGAGCGUGAACUGCGUGUGAGCGCGAAGCGGUACGAAGAAGUGAAGCAGAUCGGAGACCUGCACGUGAUGAAAAACGCUCUGGUGAUCGGCAUGACUACAACGGGAGCCGCUCGUCUGCAGCCGUUGCUCCAGGCUCUGAAGCCGAGGAUUGUUAUUGUGGAGGAGGCUGCAGAAGUCUUGGAAUCUCACAUUGUGGUGUCGUUGACAAGUGAAUGCCAACACCUGAUACUUAUUGGGGAUCACAAGCAGUUGCGGCCCAGCGCGGCCGUGUUCAAGCUCGCCAGGGAGUACAAGCUGGAGGUGUCGCUGUUCGAGCGCAUGCUGGCCAACGGGAUGCACUGCGAGACCCUGAAGGUGCAGCACCGCAUGCGGCCCGAGAUCGCCCAGCUCAUCGUGCCGGCCGUCUACCCGGAGCUGCGCAACCACGAGUCCGUGGGCGCGUACGAGCACGUGCAGGGCACCACCAAGAGCCUGUUCUUCGUGGCCCACAACCACCCGGAGGAGGAGGUGGAGGACUCUCAGUCCCGCAGGAACAUCCACGAAGCCAAGUUCCUGGUCGCGCUGGCCAGGCACCUGGUGCUGCAGGGCUACUCCCCAGAGGAGAUCACCGUCCUCACCACGUACAAGGGGCAGAUGUUCUUGCUGCGCAGCGAAUCACGAGGUUACUCAUGUCUAAAGGGACUAACGAUUACUGUUGUUGAUAACUAUCAAGGAGAAGAGAAUGAUAUAGUCUUGCUGUCGCUGGUGCGUAGCAACAAAGAUGCAGUCAUUGGAUUUCUGAAAACUGAGAACCGAGUUUGUGUGGCAUUGUCAAGGGCUAAGAAAGGCUUUUUCAUCAUUGGCAACCUGGACAACCUGACGAGGAGCAGCGUCAUCUGGCCCAAGGUCAAGGAGACGCUGGAGCGGCAGGAGGCCGUCGGCAGCCACCUCACGCUGCGCUGCCAGCUGCACACCGCGCAGUUCACGCGCGUGGCCAGCGCGGAGGACUUCCACGCCGUGCCGGAGGGCGGCUGCUGCCUGCCGUGCGGCGCCGAGAUGGGCUGCGGCCACGUCUGCCUCAGCGUGUGCCACGUGCUCAACCGCGAGCACACGGACUACAAGUGCCUGGAGCCGUGCCGCAGGGCGCCGGAGAACUGCCCCGUGGGGCACCCGUGCCUGAAACCGUGCUGGCAGGUGUGCGGGAUGUGCAUGACCAAACUGGAGAAGGCCCUGCCGUGCGGUCACAUGCUGGAGCUGCCGUGCCACGUGGACCCCGAGAAACACAAGUGCCGGGAGACGGUCACCGCCGUGCUGCCCGACUGCGAGCACGAGGUGGAGAAGCCGUGCCACGCGGACCCGGAGCGCUUCCCGUGCCCGCGGCCGUGCGAGGACCGCCUGCCGUGCGGCCACAGCUGCGAGGGGACCUGCCACGUCCGCACGGACCCCGACCACACCCAGUUCAAGUGCUACAAGCCGUGCUCGCGGAAGAACACCGGCUGCAAGGCGGACCACCCGUGCAAGAAGCAGUGCUAUCAGGAGUGCGCGGACUGCGACGUCCUGGUGGAGAAGCAGCUUCCCGGGUGCAGCCACAAGCACACCAUGAAAUGCUGCACGGACCCGUCCUCCGUCACGUGCCAGCGCCGGUGCCAGCGAGUGCUGGACUGUGGCCACCCCUGCCCGAAGAAGUGCUUCGAGACCUGCGGGGGCUGCCCCGUCAAGGUGAAGAAGGCCAUACUGUCGUGUGGUCACGACGUGGAGCUGGAGUGCUGGCAGCCGGCGGUCCCCAGCGCCUGCAGGAAGCUCUGCGAGAAGCUGCUUCCGUGCGGCCACGCCUGCACGGAGCGCUGCUCCGCCCCGUGCACCCCUCGGUGCCUGGAGCCCGUGCCCGGCAGGGUGAGGCCGGCGUGCAACCACGCCGUAGAGGUGCCCUGCUUCCAGAAGGACGAGGACCUGGACCCUCACUCGGACUACCUGCUGUCACGCUGCGCGGUGCCGUGCGGCACGGUGCUGGAGUGUGGCCACCCGUGCCACGGGACGUGCGGCCAGUGCCUGCAGGGACGCGUGCACAUGGCAUGCCUCGAGGAGUGCGGCAAGCCCCUGAUCUGCGGCCACCGGUGUUGGGUACCCUGCUCCGUGAGCUGCCCUCCUUGCAACAGGAAGUGCAACAUGUUCCGGUGUCGCCAUUCUCGCUGCAGCAACAAGUGUGGGGAAGCCUGUACACCAUGCACCGAGCAGUGCGGCUGGAGGUGCGAGCACAUGCGCUGCACCAGGAAGUGCCACGAGAUAUGCAACAGAGAGCCGUGCACGGAGCCGUGCAGGAAGGUCCUGGAGUGCGGCCACGCCUGCAUCGGCUUCUGCGGGGAGCCGUGCCCUCCGCUGUGCCGGGUGUGCGACGCGGAGGAGGUCACCACCAUAUUCUUCGGCACCGAGCAAGAAGAGGAUGCCAGGUUCGUCUACCUGGAGGACUGCCGCCACGUGCUGGAGUCGGAAGGCCUGGAGCAGUGGAUGCAGCAGUCCGACUCGGAGAUCAAGAUGAAGGUGUGCCCCGUAUGCACGACGCCCAUCACCAAGACCCAGCGCUACAUGAACGUGGUGAAGAGGGUCUACGAGGACGUGAGCAAGGUCAAGCGGAAGGUCUACGGCGACCUGAAGGCCUUCUGCAGCAAGAGGAACGAGCUCUCCGGCCAGUUGAAGGCGACCGUCACCCUCAUCGGCCCGGUCUUGAAGAAAGAUCAUCUGAAGUUGUUCAGCCGUGUCUACGCGAAGCUGAACAACGAGCUGAACGGAGUCCGAAAGAAACGGAGGGGCACGCACAGCAGUGCAGACAUGGCGGCGGUCCAGAUCCAGGUCCAAGUGCUCGGCGACAUGGCCAAGACAGUCAAAGGGGCGGCGAAAGCCCUGGACGCGAGAUCGAAGGAGAAGCUGUCCGACUGCCUGCACGUGCUGCUGAGGGUUCUGGACUCGCGCGGGCGCAAGGUCAGCGACCAGGAAGUGGAGGACGUGAAUCGGGAGCUGAAGCGGCUGUACAGGAUCUCCCAGCUCCUGGUCCUGGAGAGCGAGCCGGCCUUCGCCGCCGGCACCGGCGGCGAGAGCGUGGCGGCGGCCCACGGGAGAGCCAGCGAGCUGGCGAGGUCCAUCGAGAAGUACACCGGCCUGCAGGACGAGAAGCUCAAGGUCGCGCUGGAGGACCUGAAGAAGGCCCUGAAGAGCUCGGCGAAGCUGACGGACAAGGAGCGCCGGGAGAUCGUCAAGGCCAUGGGUCUGAAGCAGGGUCACUGGUACAAGUGCCCGAACGGUCACCCGUACGUCAUCACGGAGUGUGGCGGUGCCAUGCAGGUUGGGAAGUGCAACGAAUGUGGGGCGGAUAUCGGAGGUCAGCGACACACGUUGUUGCCCAGCAACGCAGUCGCCUCCGAGAUGGAUGGCGCUACACGUCCAGCAUGGCCGAGAUAACUUGUCCCACAAGUAAUAACCAUCAGCUAGUUACUGUUUAUAGUUUUACGUACCAUAUUUGUGGGUACAUGAAUAGUGUUGUAAUGAGAUAUUUGCUACCACCCUUUCUUGUGCAAGGUGCCAAAUAUGACUUGACUGCACUUUUGCAGAUACAUAUUAAUAUUAUUUUAAUUUUUAUAUCACACUAAAGUUGUGAAAGAUAUAUACAGUUGUUAUCCGUGUGUGGUUUGCGAAUUUUAUGCUGAUAAUUGGGUUUAAUUAGACAUACUACGACCCAUAUGCGAUUUUCCAUUUUGGGUAAAAAAAGAAAUAUUAACCUUGUACUGUUGUGGUUGAUGACUGGGUGCUUAAGUAACUAGCCUACGAGUAAAUAUAAAUUGUUCAUUAAAAUAUCUCGGCAGUGCGUGUACAGCAUCAUGAACUCGCUGCCAGGCUAUGUCUGCCGCCUGUCGGGACAGCUCCCCGGAGGGCACGGGUAAGUGAUGUGGCUGCCGCUGGACUUGUUCUCGGCAAGAGCGCCAGAGAGUGAGAAAUAAGUGGGGGUGUGCACGUGUGUGCGUAUGUUUGAGUGUGACCAUGUAGCAGUGUUUUAUGGUUCUCCCUCCCUCUCUCUCUAUACUCCUUGUUUGUAACUGGCACCCCCCGUACACACACAAUUGUGUCGUUUCUUUCUUGACAUGUUUUAUUUUAUUUUAUUUUUAUUUAUUUUUUAGGAACUGUGUCCAAUUUUUUUUUUGCGAGAAAUUUUCUAUACUUUUACUGUAACAUUUCAUUCGUGACAAAACUGCUGUAAGGUUUUUUUUUUUUUUUUUUUAAGGAACUGACAAAAAAACUUGACAAGGAAAUAGUGUACUGUUUUUUCUAACUAUUUCCUUCAUGUAAUCAGAAUUUUCAUAACGCUGGAAAAUUGUUGUAGCCCCCUCAGCAAAGAAGUUUCACUUCAAAAAUAAACAAUAAACGGGGAAGGGAAAAAUGGGUGUAAAAAAAUGUAUUUGUUUCUUUUUUUUAUUAUGAUGUUGCAUGUGUGUGGGGGAGGAAGAGUAAAGGAUGAAGAGGGAGAAACGAAGGACGCUAGUGCCUUGUUUCUUAUGCGGCAAUAAGCCAAGUCAUGGACUGUAAAGACUUCACUUGUAUUCUACUUUCUACAGCAGACAGAUGUAUGGUGCGAUCUAUAUUUGAGGGCGACCCUUAUAGUGAAAAUGUUAGAAUUUUUUUUUUUUUUCACCCAAAAUUAAUGGUGCAACUCUCACGCAGGGGUAAAUAGGAUAAUGAUGGUUAAACCUAUAUAUUGUUUUAAUAGUUUUAUUUUUAGUUCAGUUUGUUUUAAAAUGCAAGUAAUUGGCAUUAGUAAAGUAAAACUUAGUUUAUUUGAGCUCAUUUUAUUCUGAAAUACCAUAUUAAUCAAACACUCUCAUACCCGAAAUGUGAGAUUGGGUGGUUACAACAUUAAAAAAAUUGUGUGAUUUGACACACAAUUUCCUUUAACGUUUAGAUAGUAUAAAACUAGUUUUUAAAUACAAGAAUGUAUGUAAUCUAAUGGUGCAGUGUUAAAUAUCUCGACCUUUGCAUUUUAGUGUUUUAGAUAUUUUUUUAACUAUAUGUAUUUUUUACAGUGCUUGACAAAAAAUAACAUCCUCGGAUGCUGCACACGUUUGUUUCAUUUCCAAGCCCCUUGUCAUUCUUUUGGGUCGUUCUUACGUGUGCCAGUAUUGUCAUGUGGAUGCUACUGAAAACACAGACUCUACUCCUUCACAGUUACGGAAGCACCUAAGAGAAUUUUUCGUACCAAAGUUUUACUGUUUUAUAGUGUUGAUAUAACUAAUAAUUUCUUAUCAACCCGAAUUUACAUUGUAUGAUGAAAAAUGAGUGGGCUUAUUUUGUUCCAAAUGUCCGAAGCCUUAAACCACAACUGUGUGGUCUUAUAGUACGUAAUUCUUUCCAAGAAGUUUAUUAUUUUGAAUUACUGUAACAUUUAAACAAGAUACUUUUGUUUCGCAGACAUUUUGAAAAAGUCAUAAAUUACUUCUUGAAGGUUGCAUAAGUUGGCAGUUCAGAAUUCUGGGAGCCAUUCUACUUCUUCCUUUUUCUCCAAGGCGUGUGUUGCUAGGUGAUUUUUGACGCAAACGUCCUGCAUGCCAUUUCGAACACUUGCCCCUUCUAGUAUUCAUAAUCUACAUUGGCAUUAUGUUAGCAUUGUUACGUAUUUCUCUAACAGGGCUGCUGAUUAAGUGAACUGUUCAUUUUUUUUUUUUUUUUUGCAGUCAGCCUGUUCAAUUUUGCCGUUGGCACAUGUUAACUUAAAUGUUCAUCAGUUAAAUACAACUUGUCACUUGAUAUAAACUCAAAGUUUGUGUUGUUUGUUACUGUUUAUUAAUAAAGCCCCAUAAAAGUUUAUCCACAAAAGUAGUAAAGGGACUGUACAGCUAGGCUCUGAACAGAAUGCAUCAUCAGUGGCUAUCAUACGUGGUGCGUUUAGUAGAGAUAAGCGUAAUGUAAUGACAUAACUAAAAAAUUUUUUGGAAGUUUGCAUUAUAUUAUUAAAUGGAUACGUUUUAUGAUGCUGCUUUAAUAAGAGCACUUAAAGAAUACAACUAAAGUUUAAAUUUUCAAUGUAUGAUAUAUAUUUUUUUACUAAACUAAAUUAGAAUUACAUGAAUUUAAGUCUUAAAUUUUGUUUUCGAACACAAUAAUUAAUAAAAUUUUACUCUUUUUAGCAUGUAAGAACAUAGGCCUAAUGUAGUUUUUUAAAUAUUUUUUAAUCCAUCAGAUAGCUUUAAGAGUUAAAUGGAGAUAGUUGUAACUGGAAAGUGGAAUGUUAGGAUCAGUAUGUUCAGGAGUUUGCGUGUGUGUGUGUGAGGUUUCUUUGUCAAGAAUAGUGACACUAACUGUGAUCUACAUGUGAUAACAUGAGGAAAUUGACUGAAACCUUUUUCUCAUGACUUUAAUGUGGUGCUGUAGAUUUUGAGUUUCACUGUUUAGUAAUAUAAGUUAAAAAUUUGAUGUGCAUGAUAUACUGAAUUAUGGCACUAGUUAUUGCAUUGACAUUCUUUACAAUAAUUAUUAUGCAGUUGCCUUUGUAGUGUGCUUUGUCAUUGUUAUGAGCGAUAUUGCAUAUCAGUUUUAAUCUAUUGUAAAAAAAACCUGCUGUGUUUAUGAAAUCAACAAAAUGUAUUUUACACUUUAAAAAAAGUGAACAAUUUAAAAAAUUUUAAUUUUAUUUUUCAGACACAUCA